GUCUGGAUUUUCUAGUAGCGAUUUCGAUCUCGUAUAAUGUUUUGUCGGUGAUCAAGACAGAGAGAGAAUCGCGAAGGGAAAUUAGCGGGGGUGGUGGUGGUUGGGUCUGUCUUUGCUGGGGAUUUGCGACGGAAAGGAGACGUUGUAGGAGUAAACGGUAACAUCGGGGAGGUUGUUUGUCCGAGAAAUUUGCAAGUGACGAUUGCAGCAUUAUUUACGCUCGACCGCGGUAUCUAGCGAGAAAAUAUAACCAACGAUAUCUAACAUGAGAUAUUAAUUAAUUUCGAUUUCUUAUGCAACGUUAAUCUUUGGAACCUGAAGACAUGCGUGUGUCAAAGUUUUAAUUCAAUUGUAUAAUGCAGUCCAUUUAUUGGACUGGGAGGCUGCUGUCUCGAGCGUUAUGGAACGGAAUAUCAAAUUAUACGGCAUGCACCGACCCUUGCGCAAAUAAACGACGUGAGGCAUCCUUCGUCUCCGCGGUAUGUGGAUUUCCGAAAGACUUUGCUCGCGGCAGAAUACGUAAGGGACAAUUCGGGGACGAUGCUUGGUUCAACGCUAAAUUCAAAACUGUCGAAGUGCUGGGUGUCGCCGACGGCGUAGGUGGAUGGAGACACUACGGAAUUGAUCCUGGAGAGUUUUCAAAUUUUCUAAUGAGAACCUGUGAAAGGCUAGUCACAAUGGGCAGGUUUACCCCGUCAGAACCUGCAGGUUUACUGGCGCGUAGCUACUAUGAGUUAUUGGAAAACAAACAGCCCAUACCCGGCAGCAGCACCGCGUGCGUCAUAGUAUUAAAUAAAGAGACCAGCAGCAUUUAUGCAGCUAAUAUAGGAGACAGCGGAUUUGUGGUUGUCAGGAGGGGAGAAGUAGUGCAUCGUUCAUCGGAACAGCAGCACUACUUCAACACUCCAUUUCAAUUGUCGUCACCACCUCCUGGCCACAGUGGGUUGGUACUUAGCGACAGGCCCGAAGCUGCGGACACUUCCAGCUUUGGCGUGGAAGAUGGGGAUGUUAUUCUUUUAGCAACUGACGGAGUUUUCGACAAUGUACCUGACCAGUUGUUAGUCACCGAGAUGCGCAAAGUCCAAGGAGAGCGUGAUCCUACGAAAUUGCAGGGUGUUGCCAAUUCAAUAGCCUGGAUGGCCCGCAGUCUUGCGUUCGACGGGGCUUUUAUGUCACCAUUUGCCCAAAAUGCUAGAGAAAAUGGAAUAGAUGCUAUAGGUGGUAAACCAGAUGAUAUCACGGUGCUUCUAGCAACAGUGGCGAUAUAACUAAAAAAUGUGUAUAAUAGAGCCCCGAUCAUUGUAUUAUAGUCCAUGUCAUUGCAUAUAUGUAUUAAGUUGCACAUCAUUCUAUCCCAAUAUUAUAACCCAUUACUAUUUAAAUCUAAAUAAAUGAUUUUUCAAAUCAUGA